GGGAUUUCUUUCAAACGAAAUUGGCACCGCAUAGACCCGGAAACGCCGCGAGUGCGACAAAUAAAACUUGAAAUUCAAUUUUAAGCCCUACUUUGGUAAAUUGGUGAAAAUUUCGACGGUGGCUCGGAUUUUCUAUCUCGGCUUUCUCGACUCUCAGGAUAACGCAUUGGAUCCAAACCGAAACCCCAAUUGAAUUCCUUCUUUUCCGCUACCUUUUCAAUCUUCCCCUCACCGCCUUCUCCAUUGGGUGAGGAGGCUACUUUGUUACUCACAUCAAUAACAUCAAUCAUCUUCAAUAUAGACAACUCAUCAUCAAAAGAAUUGUGGACAUUGUAAUGCUUAUCAGUUGUUUCCCUCACUAGCUCUACCUUCUACUUAUGGCAGCCAAUGCUAUUGGCAUGGAUGCUUCAUCAGAGAAAAUGAGUGGUGAAAUGAGAAAGCUAAUAUGCCAUAACCAAAACACCUCAGAAUCACUACAUACAUCUGAUCCUGGAACUUACCAUUUUGGAUCCUCAGGAAAAAACAAUGAGACUGAUUCUGAAUUUUUGGACAAAAAACUUAGCACUGAGGAAGCCAACUCUUCUGUUGAUGAAAAAUCACCUAAGGUUUCUGAUGGUAUGGCUGAAAAUUUGGCCAUUCAACUGCCUGCAGAACCUCAUUGUGAUUUAGGCAACAGUUGUCAGAAUGGGGAAGGUACAUGCUUUCAGCAUAAUACCUUAGAGCAGGCCAAUGCAAUCGGCAUGGAGGUUCCCUCCUAUCAAAUGAGUAGUGAAACCAGGGAGCUAAGAUGCCAUAAUAACAAUACCUCAGACCAGCUGCAUACACUUGAUCUGGGAAAUACACUUUCUGAAUUGUCAGAAAAAACUAAUCAGAUUGGCUCUGAAUCUUUGGAUAAUGAACAGAGGGUUCUUGGCACAAGGCAAACCACCUCUCUUCUUCAUGAAAAAUCACCUUCAGAUGGCAUGACUGGGACUUCUGUUAUUCAAGUUCCUGUACAACCUCAAUGUGACUUAGACAAGAGCUGUCAAACUGAAGAAGGUUCAAGUUUUCAACUUAAUACUUUAGAACUGGGCAAGAUUAUUGGCAUGGAUGCUUCCUCAGAUCACUUGAGUAGCAAAACUGCAAGGUCAACGUGCCAUAUCCAUAAUACCUCAGAAAAGUUGCAGACAUUUGAUCCCAGAACUGCUCAUUUUGAAAUGUCAGAGAAAACUAAUCAGACAGGCUCUGAAUUUUUGAACAAUGAACAAAAGGUCCUAGGUACUGGGGAAACUAGCUCUCUUCUUGAUGGAAAACAACUUAAAGUUUCUGACAGUAUGACUGGAGAUUCUGUUAUUCAAUUGCCAGCAGAAUCUCAAUGUGACUUAGACAAUGUUAGCCAGAAUGGAGGAGGUUCAUGCUUUCAAUAUGAUACCUUAAAACAGGUUUCUGGUUCUUUAUCUAAUGAUGAAUUCCAGAACAAACACCAGCAGGCCUCCCAAAGUGUUCAUAAUGAGCCUGUGGAAAGAAGUGGUGGAAAUGAACAAUUAGAUCCACCUUCUCAAGAUACUGCCAAGGUAAGUAGCCCUAACUUUUUGCAAAGAAACUCCAGAAGGGCAACUCAUGCCCGGGUAGGGCGCAAGGAUAAAAGAACUGCAACAUCAUUGAAGAAAAAAUAUAUGCUAAGGAGUAGUGAUAGAGUUUUGCGGUCAAGGAUGCGUGAAAAACCUAAACCACCCACAUCAAACACUAAUCUGGUUAAUGUGGAUCAUGUUGGAGAAAAUAGAAGAAAAGGCAAGAAGAAGAAGAAGAAGGGUAGAGGAAGGAGAGUGACUGAUGAGUUUUCAAGAAUCAGAGCUCGUCUAAGAUAUUUUUUAAGUCAAGUGCGCUAUAAGCAGAGCUUGAUUGAUGCUUAUUCUGGUGAGGGCUGGAAAGGAUACAGCUUGGAAAAAUUAAAGCCCGAGAAGGAGCUUCAAUGUGCUAAGUCUAAAAUACUUGGGUUUAAAUUGAAAAUCAGGGAUUUGUUUCGACAUUUGGAUACAUUGUGUGCUGAAGGGAGGCUUCCACAAUCCUUGUUUGAUUCCAAAGGAGAGAUUUGUAGUGAGGAUAUAUUUUGUGCAAAAUGCAUGUCCAAAGACUUGACCACUGGUAAUGAUAUAAUACUUUGUGACGGUGUUUGUGAUCGUGGAUUUCACCAGUUCUGUUUGGAACCUCCAUUAUUAUCUGAAAAUAUUCCACCUGAUGAUGAGGGUUGGCUAUGCCCGGGAUGUGAUUGCAAAGAUGACUGUUUUGAUCUCCUUAAUGAUCUCUUAGGAACAAGCCUCUCUAUUUAUGAUUCCUGGGAGAGGGUUUUUCCAGAGGCAGCUGCAGUUGCUGGAAAUAAAGUGGAUGGCAACUUGGGACUUCCAUCAGAUGAUUCCGAUGAUGAUGAUUAUAAUCCUGAUGUCACAGCAGAUGAGGAGGUUGAAGGAGGCAAGUCAAGUUCUGAUGAGUCUGAGAAUGCUUCUGCUUCUGAGAAAAUGGAGGCUCCACACAGUGGGAAUCCAUACUUAGGCCUUCCUUCUGAUGAUUCAGAGGACAACGAUUAUGAUCCUAGUGCUGUCGAUCAUGACAAAGAUGCAGCUGAAGAAAGUUCAGGUUCUGAUUUCACGUCUGAUUCUGAGGACCUUGCUGAUGUAGUCAAGGGUAACACAAUAUCUGGACAGGAUAAUCAUCCCGUACCUGCAUCAUCUUUGCAAGAGCUAGAUCCUGGUGAAGAAGAUUCUACUCCUGUUUCUGGGAAAAGACAUAUUGAAAGGUUGGACUACAAAAAACUGUAUGAUGAGACCUACCAAAAUGCUUCAUCUGAUACUAGUGAUGAUGAAGAUUGGACAGCUAGUCCUGCUUUAAGUAGGAAAAAGAAAGUCACCAGCGAAGGGCUGGCAGUGUCACCAAAUGGGAAAGCCUCAAUACUGGAUCAUAUACAGAAAGGGACUGAAAGUACUCCUAGGAGAAACAAUCGUCAAACUGAAGUUGAAAGUAUGGAUAAUUCACCCAAUAAAUCACUUGCAGGCUCUAAGAGGGCUGGUUCAAAUGGUAAAAAACGAGGAUCUUCAACUUACAGAAGACUUGGGGAAGAUGCAGUUAAGGUACUUUACAAAAACUUUCGAGAAAAUCAGUACCCGGACCGCACCACAAAAGAAAGCAUGGCACAGGAACUUGGACUUACUUUCAACCAGGUUAGAAAAUGGUUUGAGAAUGCUCGUUGGAGCUUUCGGAAUUCUCCACGUAUGGAAGCCAGGGCGAGUGAAAGUGCUUCACAGGGUGCCACUUCCAGCAGAGUUGAAAAUGAGAUAGUACUUGGUGAUGAGAAGAGGAACUCAAAAUCAGGGUCCCAGGAGGGUAAUAUACAGAAAUCAAAAUCCCAAAGCUCUAGGAAGAGGAAGCAUAAGACAGUUACUGUGGAAUCUGAUGCAAAUACAAACAUUGAUAGUGCGGCAACAAAUCCGCUUGUCCACUCAUCUAGAGUUGGUGAAGUGCAAAGAAGUCGCAAAAUGAAAACAAGGAAGGGAAAAUGAAUUUCAUACUGAGAAAUUGAACUUGAUCGGUGCCUUGGGCAACAAAUUUUAAGUGAUCCAUCUUCUGCUAGAUUGAGAUCCUAUAAGAUGGAUUUACUUUUAAUUAUGGCAAUGUCAAAAAGUGUGCCAUUUGUAGUUUAUUUGGUGGUUUGCAUAAAUUCACACAAGGUGGUUCAAUUUUAGCAUGACACCUCCUGAAAACACAAUUGUUAGUGGUCCAUUUUCUUUUAUUUUCAUUGUUUAGAUCCCCAAUUCCCACAAGGUCUUUCCCCCACCAGAAUUGAGGCAGAGGGCUUGACUUUCAUUACACAAGGUAAAGCACAUGAAUACGUAGACAGCUUAGUUGUAUACUUCAAGCAUUUAUUGCCAUCAUGGAUUUAUGAUAUUCAAUCUUGCCUGGUAAAUGAUAGCAGCUCAUGUUGCAUCAAACUCAGCUCAGGUUGCCUGUCCUUGGGAAACAAAUUAUGACUACUUUGUAGGUCUUAUACAUACAUUCAUAUUCGUCUUGUGUUGUAUAUUUGGCCACAAAGUGGUGAGAACCUAUAAUUGGAAUUGGAGUGAUUAUGUUUCCUGCAUUGUUGA